UGCACAUACCGUGCAAAGUGCAGUUCUGUUCAGACACUCUUCCAGUAAGCAUGAUUAUCGUGCUUUUUUCACUUAUUGCGGCUGCUUUGGCCGCUGGAUUCCUCCUCGUUCUGCUCCCCGUUGUCGUGGGCAGUGGAUGUGUACUUGUUUUGGUGAUCGUUUGGCUGUGGCAACUUCGACAUUUCGGUCACUGGCGACGUCUGGGCGUCCCCUUUGUGCCGGCUGCUCCAUUUGUGGGGAAUGUGUGGAGCCUUUUGCGCGGAGCCUGCUGCUUUGGCGAUCAGUUUCGCGAGUUGUACGAGAGUAAGGAGGCUGCCGGGCGCGCCUUCGUGGGAAUCCACGUGCUGCACAACCAUGCCCUCCUUCUUCGAGAUCCGGCCUUGAUCAAGCGCAUUAUGGUGGAAGACUUUGCCCAAUUCUCGAGCCGCUUUGAGACGACAGACCCCACUCGUGACACAAUGGGUUCGCAGAACCUUUUCUUCUCCAAAUACGAGACUUGGCGGGAGACGCACAAGAUCUUUGCGCCCUUCUUCGCGGCCGGAAAGGUGCGCCAGAUGUACGGGCUUCUGGAAAACAUUGGCCAGAAGCUCGAGGAGCAUAUGGAGCAGAAGCUCAGCGGCAGGGACAGCAUGGAGCUGGAGGUCAAGCAGUUGUGCGCUCUCUUCACCACGGACAUUAUUGCAUCACUGGCCUUUGGCAUUGAGGCGCACAGUCUGCAAAAUCCGGAGGCAGAGUUCCGUCGCAUGUGCAUUGAGGUCAACGACCCCAGGCCAAAGCGCCUCUUGCAUCUCUUCACAAUGUUCUUCUUUCCGCGACUAUCGCACCGGGUUCGCACCCAUCUUUAUUCCGAAGAAUACGAGCGGUUCAUGCGCAAGUCCAUGGACUACGUUCUUUCCCAACGCGCUGAAAGUGGCGAGAAGCGCCACGAUUUGAUCGAUAUAUUUCUGCAGCUGAAGCGUUCGGAGUCGGCGGAAAGCGUUAUCCAUCGGCCAGAUUUCUUCGCAGCCCAGGCUGCUUUUCUGCUUUUGGCUGGCUUCGACACCUCGUCGUCCACCAUAACCUUUGGCCUGUACGAGCUGGCCAAGAACACCACGAUCCAGAACCGGCUGCGCGCGGAGCUUCGCGCUGCCCUGCAGUCUAGCCAAGAUCGGCAACUGAGCUGCGACACCGUCACCGGAUUGGCAUACCUGCGACAGGUGGUUGAUGAGGUCCUGCGACUCUAUCCGCCCACAGCUUUCCUCGACCGAUGCUGCAAUUCCCGCACAGGCUAUGAUCUCGCGCCGUGGAACGGUGGUUCGCCAUUCAAACUGCGCGCUGGCACGCCUGUCUACAUUUCAGUAUUGGGACUCCAUCGAGAUGCACAGUACUGGCCCAACCCGGAACUCUUCGACCCGGAGCGCUUCUCGGCCGAGCAACGGCAACAGCACCAUCCCAUGACGUAUCUGCCCUUCGGCGCGGGACCAAGAGGUUGCAUUGGGACACUUUUGGGACAGCUGGAGAUCAAAGUUGGACUGCUGCACAUCCUAAAGCACUUCCGGGUGGAGCUCUGCGAGAGGAGCCUGCCGGAGAUGCGGUUCGAUCCCAAAGCCUUCGUCCUCACUGCUCAUAAUGGAGCCUACUUACGAUUUGUUAAGAGUCCUCUUUGAAUGGCAUGCAGUAAUGGUUAAGUUAAGUUUAAGCAUUAAUUUAGAAUUGUUUAAAACAUUUUUUUUUUUGGGUUGGACACUUGCUUGUUCAGUAACUUUUUAGCAGGUGAAUUUUUAAAUAAUAGAACAAUGAAUUAAUCAAUUAAAGCCAAUUUCAGUUUGCAAACUAUUUGUACACAUGAAACAGAUACAUAGCUUACCAAUGAAUACACAAUUUGCAUAAUU